AUGUCAGUGAUAUAUUCCAGCUUUGACAUUUUGGACAAACCUUGGUGGAAACUCCAUUUUGAUGAACGCAAUACUGAAUAUUUGAUCUCAAGUGUCAAGCACUUCCAACAGGCUAUCUCAUCAGCAGUUGAUAAUGAAAGCAAUGAGCUCUUCUGGAAAGGAUACAUCGACCUUCACCGUGAACGUUACCUACUCGAAUGUGUUUCUGCGGAAAGUGACAUCGACCUCACUAUUGGCUAUGUACAGAAGUUGCUAAAGAAACCUGGGUUUCUUAGAAUGUUUUACAGAAGAAUUUUUGCGAAGUGCCUCAAACCCGAUAGAUCCUCACGUUUGGCUAAAAAAGUGCAAAAUCUUUAUAAUGUUAUCAUCGACAUUGUCCCUUCUAUCUUCUUUCCAGAUCCUCCAAUAGAUCGUUUUACACCUGGGUUUGCAAAACAAUUGCACCGACAAAUUGGUAACGGUUUAAUUAAAGAUGCUGGGCAGUAUAGAACGCAAUUUGUUAUGGCGGCACAAGACAACUUCGUAUAUAUGGCACCGGAUUUGAUAAAUGAUAGAAUGGAUGAGUUAUUCCGUCAAUGUAGAGAGAAAUUUGGGAAGACAGACUUGCAGUUGGAGGAAGCUAUUAAAUAUGGAGCAUGUUUUCUUGCCUACUUCUUGUUGAUUCACCCUUUUAUAAAUGGAAACGGAAGAGUAGCGAGAUUACUUUUGAGCUAUCUCUUAUCAAGAUUCACUGUAGUACCACUCUCUUUAUAUACAGGAAUGAAAACACGAGAUGUGUAUUUACAGUGUCUACGUGAAGCACAGUGGUAUCAAGACUCGUUCAAACCUAGCGCACUCGCAGGCUUUAUACUUGAGUGUAUAUACAUGACGUCUUACAACAUAUGUGUAGUGAUGGAUGUAGAUAUUAGAAAUUAG